AUCGAUUCGUCGGAGCGUGCGCAGUGGCUCGAUUAAGCUGAAGCAGACGUACGAGCACCUGAUGGAGAACGGCGACAUCGGCGCCAUGAAUCGGGUGAGCUCGUCACGCAGCCGACCGCACGACCUCGACAUCAAACUGCUGCAGGCCAAGAGGCAGCAGGCCGAAAUGCGCAGGAAUCAACGUGAAGAGGAUCUGAGGGAAAAUCAUCCUUUAUUUGACACGCCACUGUUUCUGGUGCCUCGCGAGAGCAAAUUCAGGAAAGCUUGUCAGCUGAUAGUUUAUGCUCGUUAUGAUGCCCGUCUGAGAGACCCUCUCACCGGGAAGGAGCGGAAAGUCAACUACAAGCGGCUCCACAAUUUCCUGAGCCUAGUGACACUUGGACUGGGUGAUGAUCUGCGUGACGACGCU